AUGAGACCCAACGUUGUCACUGAGGCGGGCUUGUCUACAAGGGUUGGUCAAUGGUGGGAAAGCAUUCCUUUCCUUACUUCUGCCGUGGUGGUUGUUUGUGGGGCUAUUUAUUUGAUCUGUCUCUUGGUUGGAUAUGAUUCCUUCUACGAAAUCUGUUUCUUGCCAUCUGCUGUUAUAUCAAGAUUUCAAGUUUACAGGAUCUUUACUGCCAUUGUAUUUCAUGGCUCUCUGCUUCAUGUUUUUUUCAACAUGUUGGCACUGGUGCCUUUGGGGUCGGAAUUGGAGAGAAUCAUGGGAUCUGUUCGCUUGCUGUACGUGAUGAUUUUGUUGGCCAUAAGCAAUGCGAUUCUCCACCUGAUCAUAGCCCUGGUCGUAUCCCACAAUCCAUUUCAUCCAUUUCCAGAGCUCAUGGAUGAGUGUGCAAUAGGCUUCUCAGGAAUAUUGUUUUCCAUGAUUGUGAUAGAAACUAAUUUGAGUGGUGCCCAAACUAGAAGUGUAUUUGGCCUCUUCAAUGUACCUGCAAAGUGGUAUGCCUUUAUCCUAUUGGUAGUCUUCCAGUUUCUCAUGUCAAAUGUCUCGUUACUCGGACACCUGUGUGGCAUUUUGUCUGGAUUUGCAUAUACCUAUGGGUUUUUCAACUUGCUUAUACCCGGAACAUCCUUCUACUCUGCAAUUGAGGCUUAUCCUUGGCUUUCUUCUUGUGUGAGGCGGCCGAAGUUCAUUCUGUGUACUGGAGGAAAUCCUACUGGAUAUAUUCCAACAUAUUCUGGCCAGACUACAACCUCCAGUGGAAUUUUGUCUGGAAAUAUGUGGAGAAACCUGUCCUCGUGGAUGCCACAGCGAGAAACGGCUCCUCAGUCGAUGCCGCAGCAAGACAGUAGGUUUCCUGGAAGGGCCAGAACUCUUGCAUCUGGUCAAAGUCAAACUACUCUGUCUGGUGACUCAGAUGCCAACCUGCAGGCUCGACUACUGGAUGAAAAUGACCAUCUUUCUCCAACUGAAAAUGUUGCAAGACAGCAAGUUUUAGAUGGAAGGAGGCCAGGACUAGAUAAUGCAGUUGCAGCUCCUCUCGAGAAUCCUGCUCCUCGCCAGAGUACAGCUCCUCCUGAUGAGCAAAUUCAAAAGCUGGUAUCCAUGGGUUUCGAAAAGACGCAGGUUGAGGUUGCCCUGGCGGCUGCUGACAUGGAUAUCAAUGUAGCAGUUGAAAUUCUCAUGAGCCAGCAGGUGUAUAUUCAUUUUCUCCUCCUAUAA